UGGAAUAUUGUUGUAAUGUUUUCGAAAUAUAGUGUGCUGUGUGGGAGAUAAAUGACGGUAAAACCAACUGGAGGAUGGUAGAACAGAAUUAUUAAUUAAGUCAAGUCGAAAAUAAUACACAAAAAUUUUAACUAUUUAGCCAUAAUAAAUAUUAUAAUAUCUGAGUGAACAGAAACGCCGUUGGAAUUAACGGAAUUACGAAACUAUGAGGGCACGAGGGACUCUUCGCCGUAUGACGGGGUUAAGAUACUACAUUGUAUGUUAAUAAUGUGAGAAAGAUAAGACUUGCGCGUUAUCGUUGCUCUUUCGUCGAACAGUAUUUGUUCAACAUGGUGCUUAGUGAGUUGUGUACGCGGUUGCGGAACGUUCGUUUAAGACCGGAUUACAUUCGGAAACAUGUGUCUAGAAAAGUGCACUUCUCUUAUGUUUCCAGUCCGAAGCCUAAAAAUGCUGGUGAAACGCAAAAGCUCAACAUGUUUCAAGCAAUAAAUAAUGGCCUGAAUCUUGUUUUGGAAAAAGAUCCAACGGCAGUUAUCUUCGGAGAAGAUGUCGCAUUUGGCGGUGUUUUCCGUUGCACCAUGGGACUCCAGGAAAAAUAUGGGACCGACAGAGUAUUCAACACUCCGCUAUGCGAACAAGGAAUAGCUGGAUUUGGAAUAGGUUUGGCGAAUGCAGGAGCCACAGCCAUUGCUGAAAUUCAGUUUGCUGAUUAUAUAUUUCCAGCAUUUGACCAGCUGGUAAACGAAGCGGCGAAAGUCAGGUACAGAAGCGGUGGAAUGUUUAACUGUGGAAAAUUGACCAUUCGAUCGCCUUGUGGAGCUGUUGGUCAUGGUGGACUUUAUCAUUCUCAAAGUCCAGAAGCAUACUUUGCUCACACACCCGGUCUUAAGAUUGUAAUACCUCGCGGACCGAUCCAGGCCAAAGGAUUGCUUCUGAGCUGCAUAGAUGAGGAGGAUCCUUGCAUAAUAUUCGAACCGAAAGUUCUCUAUCGAUCGGCAGUCGACGAGGUACCUCUCGCUCACUACAAAACGCCAAUCGGCAAGGCCGAAGUUCUUAGAGAAGGAGAUGCCGUGACUCUAGUAGGCUGGGGUACUCAGGUGCAUGUGCUGCGCGAAGUGGCCGAUCUUGCCCAAGAGAAGCUCGACGUAUCCUGCGAGGUUAUAGACCUCGUUUCUAUUCUCCCCUGGGACAUGGAGGCUGUCUGCAAGUCGGUAAAGAAAACUGGUCGUGUUGUCAUCGCUCACGAAGCACCGCUUACUGGUGGUUUUGCUGCUGAAAUUGCAGCUACAAUUCAGGAAGAAUGUUUUCUCUACCUGGAAGCACCAGUGCAAAGGAUAACAGGAUGGGAUACUCCAUUUCCACUCGUAUUCGAGGACUUUUAUUUGCCGGAUAAAUGGCGCUGUUUCGAUGCUGUAAAAAGGAUUCUCAACUACUGAAGAUCGACACUGUGCAAGGGUCUUGAAGGACGAGAAAUUUAUAUUUCUAGAUCGUAAAAUCCUCGAACGGGGAAAGGUUCGAUAAGUUCCAGGAUGUAAACUCUUUUUUGAUAUUCUUGCAAAAAAUAUUUAGAAAUAGUCUUGCAAGACGUGCCUCGAUAUUGCUUGAGAUCUUAUAGACUGAUUAUAGUAAAUGCAUUUCAUUAAAAAUAUUUGCUUUGUCCCACUCUGAGUCAUUCGCUGGGGUCACUUCUCAAGAUUAUUGAAUACAUUCGUAUUAUGAUGAUUAUUGAUCCGCAUCUCAAAACAGGAGAAUAUAUUUUUAUACGCAACUAUUUGUAUGGCUAUUGGAUGUAAAAUUGUUAUUGGCAUUUAGAUCAAAUAUAAUUAAAGAUAUGGAGUUACGUUGAGUACUUGUCGGUUAGGCAAGAAUUCAUAACUAGAUGUGAAAUGCCUUCGGACCAGUGUUUGAUUGGGAAAAAUUGUAUGUUUAAUAACACAGACGUCACUGGUAUGGAGUAUUGCUUUUA